AUGGGACCUCGGCCUCUAAAUCACCACAACGAGCCCAAGCUCCCUGUUCACAUCGUCGAAGAUAAAGCGAAAUGGAUUGGCGAUCAUACAUUCAUGCGUUAUCCGCCCAAAGACUGGGAGACUAAAGGCUAUCGAACGUUGACGUGGGCGGGAUAUGCGGACGCUGUCAACAAAGUAGCGUACUGGCUUGACGAGCAGUUGGGAAAGUCUGUGGAGGACGACACGAUCGCGUAUUUGGGGCCUGCGGACCCGAGGUAUUCGGUUUUGUUGCUAGCGUUGGUGAAGACGGGUCGAAAAUUCCUAAUCCCGGAUGGCCGUGUGACUGAUGAAGGAUUGAACGAGCUGCUCGGAGACACUGGAUGUAAAGCGUGGAUAUACGCUGAAGACGAUGCAAGCGGGCCGCCGCAAACGCUCGAUCCGAGCAUUAAGCUCUGUGCGCUACCGUCGGUCGAGUGGUGUCUAGAUGCUAAAGGGCAUCAGCGGUAUCCGUACGACAAGGUAUGGGGUGAAGGGAAAUACGACGAGAUUGUUGUCAUCCACACCUCAGGCACUACAGUGCUGAAUCGCCGUGCGGGCACACCGAGGCCAAUUUAUCACACCAACGGCUUCUACACUGCCGGCCGAGGCCACGAGCUCUCACGCAGACACUGGCCGCGAGGCAUCGCGUACGACACAUGGAUAGGCCAAUCCGUAUUGUCGUCCUGUCCUCCGCAGUGGCUCGGCGGCGUAAGUGCCUUCAUCAUGAUGCCUAUUGUCGACGACACCUCAAGUAUUAUGCCUCCCGCCGAUAUGAUCGGACUCCCACCCGCCGUCUUCAAGAAAGUAGUGGAGGCAAACGUUGUUGAUGGCAUCAUGUGUCCGCCGCAUACAAUCGUCCAGCUGUAUAACGAUCCUGAGACGCAGCCGCUACUGAAGUCGCUUAACUUCAUCAUUUAUCUCGGCGCGGCGCUGGAUCGGGCGAUUGGGGAUGAUCUGUGUGAGUGUACGAAGUUGACGAGCGUUAUUGGGUCCACGGAGACAGGGAAACAAAUCGAUCUGCUGCCGAUUGAUAAGAAGCUCUGGUACACUCACGAUUAUGUACCAGAAAAUGGCCAUCGUAUGGUCCACAUCCCUGGCUCUGGGGAGGCGGAGGACGGGUCAGAGGACAUGUAUGAGCUUGUUAUCGAGAGGCCAAAGGGAGGCGAGGAGAACCACUUCCAGUGCGCUUUUUGGAAUCCGGUUUUCAGGAACAGAGACCGCAUCGAGACGAAGGAGAUGUAUGCGCCGAUAAAGGACCUGGAUGGGCGAAUGCGGUGGAUCUUCAGUGCCCGGAAAGAUGACCUUACGAAGCUGAAUUGGCUCGCCAAAUUCCACGCUCAGGAUAUCGAGACGCGGAUCCAGCAGCAUCAGGAUGUUUCCAGCGUUUUCGUUGGGGGCGAAGGAAGGCCCGCGCCAUAUGUGAUUGUCGAGCCGCAUCAUGGUGUUCUCGAUGCGAAGAGCGCAGAUGCCUUGCUGGACGAGCUUUGGUCGGGCGUGAUUACCCGGACGAACGAUAAGGGGUUCAAGGAGAUUCGAAUCCCAAAAGAGACGGUGUUCGUGGCAAAACCCGCGAAACCGUUUAAGAGGAGUAACAAGCAAACGCUCAUGAGAAAGGAGAUCGAGAAAGACUAUACCCAUGAGAUUGAGGAGGCAUAUUCGCGCCUGGCAGAGGUGGAGGUGACGGCAUAA